UUCCCUUUCCAUUCUCCUUAUCAUCUUCCCAAUAUCCUUCAUAUCUCCUCAGCCCCUUACUCCAGCAGUCACUUCUCUUACACCCAGUCUGACCCCUAGCUUCCUCAUUAUUCCAUUAUUCCAAGUGUACUUUCCUUAGGUACGUUCAGAGAUGGCUUGGGAGUGGGUUCUUAAGAGGUUCUGGAGGGUAAAGGAGCAGGUUCAGGAUGGAAGGUUCUGUGCAGACAUGAACCAUGAGGUUUGGAAGGUGAGUUUGGGGUGGGGGAGGAGGGGGUGGAUAAGAGGGUUCUUGGGAUUAGUUACUUUGGGUUUGGAUUUUUGGAUAAUGUUUGGAAUUGUUGUAUGGGGAGGUAUUUGUGGUUUGAGUCUUGGUUUUCACUUUUCUUUAUCCUUUUAAGUGGGUUUUAUAAUUGUUUCCAUCUUUGGUAUAUAAUUUACUAU